AUGAGCCGUAAAAAGCAUUUUGUGGUAAAUAUUCCCACGCUUGCCAUCAGGCAUAAGAGACCUUUCGCCGUAAUUAGUUUUGAUCACGAGGUGAAUGUCACGAGUUUUAUUGAUGCUGAAGAGAAAGUUGAACUACGUCAUCAAGAAUGCUUUCAAAGCCAUCAAAAUGCUUUCUUAGCUUCUAAGAAUAUAAAAUGUUUGAAAUUGUAG